UAAGGUGUUGUUAGCUAAGCCUAAUUAAUUAGCUUCUCCCAGUUGGGUCCUCUGUUCUAGUGUUCUGUAUUCUUCCAGCGCGCAUGUUUUUAUAAUUGGCACAACACAAGCAUAUUCGAACCACCCGGGUGAAUAUUCCUUCACUCUCUUCUGCAUAGGAACUGUAUCUGCCAUUGGGACACGAAUCAACAGAGAAGGAUGGGAUUGAAUUGCCAUAGAAGCAGCGUUGUUAGUGUUCUUCUGCUUGUUGCUUGGGCAGAGAUACGUGUGUGUAUGAGUGGAAAGACUAGUACUUUUGUGAGAAAUGAUUAUUUGUCGUUGGAUAUGCCAAUAGAUAGUGAUGUGUUCCGUGUGCCUCCUGGUUACAACGCUCCCCAACAGGUGCAUAUAACACAAGGGGAUCACGUGGGGAAGGGUGUCAUCAUCUCUUGGAUCACCCAAGAUGAACCCGGUUCAAGCACCGUCCUUUACUGGCCGGAAAAUAGUGAAUUCAAAUGGCAAGCUCAUGGCUUUUUCCUUUCCUACAAAUACUUCAAUUACACCUCUGGUUACAUUCAUCACUGUACUAUUCACAAUUUGGAGUUUGACACCAAAUAUUACUAUGAGGUUGGAAUAGGGAAUACCACUCGACAAUUCUGGUUCAAAACUCCUCCCCCUGUUGGCCCCGAUGUUGCCUAUACAUUUGGUCUCAUUGGGGAUCUAGGCCAAACAUACAAUUCCAACACAACGCUUACCCAUUACGAACAUAGUCCGGCGAAAGGGCAAACAGUAUUGUAUGUGGGAGAUCUCUCUUAUGCGGAUGAUUAUCCAUUUCAUGAUAACAUAAGGUGGGAUACAUGGGGAAGAUUCACUGAGAGAAUUGCAGCUUAUCAGCCUUGGAUUUGGACUGCAGGAAAUCAUGAAAUUGAUUUUGCUCCACAACUUGGUGAAACCAAGCCAUUCAAGCCUUAUACUUCUCGUUAUCAUGUACCGUACAAAGCAUCAGAUAGCACAUCUCCAUUGUGGUACUCUAUCAAGAGAGCUUCAGCAUACAUCAUUGUUAUGUCUUCUUACUCAGCUUUAGGUAAAUACACUCCUCAGUACAAAUGGCUUGAAAAGGAACUACCAAAGGUGAACAGGACAGAGACACCGUGGUUGAUAGUCCUCAUGCAUAGUCCAAUAUAUAAUAGUUAUGUGAAUCACUAUAUGGAAGGGGAGACCGUUCGAGUAAUGUACGAGAAAUGGUUUGUGGAAUAUAAAGUCGAUGUUGUCUUUGCUGGUCAUGUUCAUGCUUAUGAAAGAUCUGAACGUGUAUCAAAUGUUGCAUAUAAUAUUGUAAAUGGGCUAUGCAACCCCAUCAAUGACCAAUCUGCCCCAGUUUACAUAACAAUUGGUGAUGGAGGAAAUUUAGAAGGACUGGCCACUGCUAUGACAGAACCCCAGCCAAGCUAUUCAGCAUACCGUGAAGCCAGUUUUGGUCAUGGGAUUCUUGAUAUAAAGAAUAGAACUCAUGCCCACUUUAGUUGGAAUCGUAAUCAAGAUGGAUAUGCAGUGGUGGCUGAUUCUAUUUGGUUGCAUAACAGAUACUGGAGCUACCCAGAACAAACAUCUCUUGCUUCAUUUCGGUAGAAUGAUUGAGUACAACUUGUGUGGAAGUGGGAUCAAUAUUCAGGAUGUGUAAAUUACCUAUAGUCUCUCUAUGGUUCCAAAUGUUUCACAUUGUCGUGUGAAUAGUUGCGACCAUGUUAUAGUAAUUGCUUCCAAUGUUAUAUUUCAUAAUACAGUAUUGUGAAGCGUGUAUUCCAUCCAGAUUAUAUAAAAGUUAAUGAUUUGCUCA